AUGGUCAAAGGAAUCGAUCCCUCUCAGGCUGCGUACUCGUAUUCCCCAGCCAAAAACCCGGAGCGCGCUAACGACAGUGCAGCGCCUCUAUCAUCGCUGGACGAGAUACUGCGAGGCCGGAUGAGCCAGAAUCUAUGGAUGGUAGCAAAACCAGUGGCCCUAAUUCUGGCACCCCCGCUGAUCUCCUCCACCACGCGCUCCGCUUAUAACCCGCACGUUGCCCCGCUCGAGAUAGGUUUCUCAACCGUUCCAGCUUUCAUGACUCCAAACCUGAACGAUCCACCUCAUAACGCCAGAACAAAGACCCCCCUUCAGCCCCCAAAACCCCCCUUCAGCCCAUCCAAAGCCCGAAUACCUCCGUCGUUCUCACAUUCAUUUAUCCGCUACGAGCACAACCCCACACCCAAUGAUGAGGCCAUUCGGUUAAACCAAGAAGACCUGUUUACGACAAGCCCCGAAAAAACAUCGGGUUUAGUCUGUUAA